AUGGACCUCGUAGCAUUGGGCAAGGGUUUUUAUGCAUUGCAUGGGAUUUCGCAGGAGAUACGCUGCCAUAUUUUAGCCGAUGGGCCAUGGUUUGUCAUGGGGGCACACUUGUGGGCACAAAAUUGGGAACCAUCCUUCAGACCCUCAGAGGCAAAGAUAGACACCGGACCGGUGUGGGUAACAUUACCUGAGUUGCCACUGGAAUUUUACGAAAAGUCAAUGUUAGAGGACAUUGGUCAACAAUUGGGAACAGUUGUUAAGAUUGAUACACACACUUUGAAAGGGGAAGCAAGGAGAUUUGCUAACAUCUGUGUGCUUAUUUCUAAGGAAAACACACCGGCAAGGGGCAUUUGGCUAGGGAAAUCUUACCAAAAAAUUCAAUACUCCAGUGGUGUGUGGUUCUGUAAACACUGCAAUCAGUUUGGGCAUGCACAUGACACGUGUCCGUUGGGAAUUCCUCCGACCACAACCGCUCACAAAGUUAGUCAAACUAAUGAAGAUGGAAGGACCGGAGUUUGGAAAGUAAUUAGCAAAAGAGGUAAGGAGAUUAGGGCUAAUCCAGAAAAGCAAGAAAAUAUGUUAAAUAAAAAGUGGGCCCCAAAGGAAACAGUACAGCCGCCUCCUACAGGAAAAGAAACACAUGGGGAAAGCAAAGAAAUCUUAAGUACUGUGCACGAAGAGUUUGUACCUGGGGAACAUAUCUUUAACCCCUUCUCUAUACUCGGGUCCCUUGAAUCUAGCGAUUCGGAAGAUGAGGAACUCCCUUCCCCCACCCCAAAGAGGACACGUACCCCCCCCCCCUUUGCAGAAACAACACUCUACCACUGCCAUCACCUUACCUACACACUCGAGUAUCUCGUCAUCCAAGGUUAA